AAGAGCUUGCUUCCCAGUCUCAACUAAAAAAUCGAAUCUUCGUUUCUGCUGCCGUCGCUAUCGAUAUAGCGAUAAGGUGGGAAUAACUCUGAAUUUUUCAGAAAAAGGAAAAUGCUUAGGGCAGGUUGCAGGAAGUUUCUAGGGUUAGUGCCCCAGCAGAACAAUCAGGGCCCGGUUUUGGUUCGGCUUUACCAUGAAAGGGUUGUGGAUCACUACAACAACCCCCGAAACGUCGGAUCCUUCGAUAAGAACGAUCCCACGGUUGGGACGGGGCUCGUCGGCGCUCCGGCUUGUGGCGAUGUUAUGAAACUUCAGAUAAAGGUGGAUGAAGAGACAGGGAAGAUCACCGAUGCCUGCUUCAAGACCUUCGGUUGCGGAUCAGCCAUCGCUUCUUCUUCCGUAGCUACUGAAUGGGUGAAGGGGAAACAGAUGGAGGAAGUCUUAACAAUAAAAAAUACGGAAAUUGCAAAGCAUCUCUCACUUCCACCAGUGAAGCUCCACUGUAGUAUGCUCGCAGAGGAUGCUAUCAAGGCAGCUGUUAAAGAUUAUGAAGCAAAGCGAGCCAAGCCAGAAGCAAAUGCUGCAGCUGCACCUACUGAGAAGGUUGCCAAUGCGUAAUGAACUGUUAAGUAUGCUAUCACAUAUUAAGAAGCGGAUAAGGAUUUGUCUGUCUAGUCUAGGAUGUCAUAAUAAUAUAUUAUGAUAUUUGAACCUUGGUCUACUCCCAGACAGCCUUGCCUGUCUUCCCCAGGCUCGGCUCCCUUUGUAUAUUGGCAUGCUUUUGCUACAAGCUUUACAACCUUUGUUCAUAAGACUUUGUACUAAACUUUCUAUGUUCAGUUGGGUGUGAAAUUUGUCUCAAUACUUG